UCAAGUCCUGCUCAUGAGUGUUUACUGUGCAGUGCGCAGCAAAGUUUACACCAUUUAGCUGGGCUGCAUGCAAAGUCAAUCCUUUCACUUUGUAAUAUGUAAAUCGUUGCAUUCAAUUCUGCCUUGUUUAUGCGGCUACGAGGUCUUCUUUUGUGUCAGUUUACGCCACACGUGUACCAACACAGAAGGACGUGCGCAGGCAAGUAGUAACAAUAUCGUUCAUGACACAGAAUACAUGAAGAAUUGACUUUAUACCAUUUCAUGUGUGAUCCUCAUGGGGCUUGUGAGAAAGAUUUUAUCAGUAUUUGUAUAAUUCGGUGAGUUCAAGUCGAGUAGAAGCUAGCUACGAGCUUGCAGUGCUAACUACACCAGCCAGUUAGCAAGACAGCUACGGAUUAGUUUCGUAGCUUGAUCCAGUGAGGUCUACUGUCGCAAUGAUGCAACGGUUUCACAUGCCACUAUGAAGUACAUCUUGGUCACUGGAGGUGUAAUAUCCGGAAUUGGCAAGGGCAUCAUUGCCAGUAGUGUGGGCUUAAUCCUGAAGUCCUGUGGUCUGCAUGUGACUGCCAUCAAAAUCGACCCCUACAUCAACAUUGAUGCUGGCACCUUCUCACCUUAUGAACAUGGUGAAGUGUUUGUGUUGGACGAUGGAGGUGAGGUGGACCUGGAUUUAGGAAACUACGAGCGCUUCCUGGACAUCAGGUUAACCAGGGACAACAACCUGACCACCGGCAAAAUCUACCAGUCAGUCAUCAACAAGGAGAGGAGGGGAGACUACCUGGGCAAAACUGUACAGGUGGUGCCACACAUCACAGAUGCCAUUCAGGAGUGGGUGGUGAAGCAGGCCAAGAUCUCAGUGGAUGACGAUGGGGUGGAGCCACAAGUCUGUGUUAUAGAGUUGGGAGGCACUGUGGGAGACAUUGAGAGCAUGCCAUUUAUCGAGGCCUUCAGACAGUUCCAGUUCAAGGUGAAGAGGGAUAACUUCUGCAACAUUCACGUCAGCUUAGUCCCACAGCCCAGUGCCACAGGAGAACAGAAGACUAAACCCACUCAGAACAGUGUCCGAGAGCUCCGUGGACUAGGACUCUCCCCAGAUCUGAUCAUGUGCCGCUGUGCGACACCUCUGGAGAACGCUGUCAAAGAGAAGAUCUCCAUGUUCUGUCACGUAGAGCCCACGCAGGUGAUCUGCGUGGCAGAUGUGUCGUCCAUCUACAGAGUACCCCUACUACUGGAAGACCAGGGGGUGGUGGGCUACAUCUGCCAGCGGCUGGACCUGCCUAUUGAGAUGAGGGCCAGGAAGAUGCUCACCAAGUGGAAGGAGAUGUCUGACAGGUCUGACCGACUCCUGGAACAUGUGUCCGUCGCCCUGGUAGGGAAGUACACAAAGUUCUCUGACUCAUAUGCCUCUGUCAUCAAGGCCCUGGAGCACUCAGCCCUCGCCAUCAACCACAAACUAGAGAUCAAGUUUAUCGACUCUGCAGACCUAGAGCCAAAUACACUGCAGGAGGAGCCUGUGAAGUACCACGAGGCCUGGCAGAAACUCUGCAGUGCUGAUGGUGUCUUGGUACCUGGAGGCUUCGGUGUACGGGGGACAGAGGGGAAAAUCCAGGCUAUCAGCUGGGCCAGGAAAAAGAAAAAGCCAUUUUUAGGGAUAUGUUUGGGCAUGCAGUUGGCAGUGUGUGAAUUUGCCCGCAAUGUUCUUGGCUGGCAAGAUGCCAACUCUACUGAAUUCCACCCAGAAUCUAAACACCCUGUGGUGAUUGACAUGCCAGAACACAACCCUGGGCAGAUGGGUGGGACUAUGAGGUUGGGGAAGAGGCGGACAAUCUUCAAAUCCAACACCAGCAUUUUGAGAAAGCUGUAUGGUGAUGCUGAAUAUGUUGACGAGAGGCAUCGUCACCGCUUUGAGGUGAACCCUGAGCUGAAGCACCACUUUGAGGAGAGGGGCUUCCAUUUUGUCGGCCAAGAUAUAGAGGGAGAGAGGAUGGAGGUCAUUGAGCUGGAUGAUCAUGCCUAUUUUGUUGGAGUGCAGUACCACCCAGAGUUCACUUCUCGUCCCAUCAAGCCCUCGCCCCCCUACUUUGGCCUCCUGCUGGCUGCAGCAGGGAAACUCCAGAGCUACCUACAGAAAGGUUGUCGCCUCUCACCACGAGACACAUACAGUGACCGCAGUGACAGCAGCUCUCCAGACUCUGAAAUUGCUGAACUGAAAUUCUAGGAGUUACCAGUUACAUGCACCUGUUACUCUGUUGAUGCUGGUACUAAUGUUACAGUUCACAUCACCUGUUUGAACUCAAUACAGCAGCCUCCGCUCAUCUACCUGAAAAUAAAUACCUUUUUCUGUCACCCAA